AUGGCGGGGCAGAAGCACCCAGGGGUGCCGGGGGCGAUGCCGGAGGGGCCGGGGCUGGUGAUGGAGAUGCCGAGGCAGGGACAGCGGGGGGCACCGGAGGGGGCACCGAGGAGGGUACCGGGGGGGARCCGGYGCCACCAGCAGCGGGCGACACCCGRCGACGACAGCUGGCAGUGCCACCCUGUCUGUUGCUUCCAGGAGCCCACUUGGCUUCAGGACGAGGACGAUGAGCUGUGGCCUGAGUUCCCUCCCUGCUCGUCCCCAGAGGGGGCCACCACCCCCACGUCCCCCACAUCCCCCGUGUCCCCCACAUCCCCCGUGUCCCCCACAUCCCCUGUGUCUCCGGCCUCCCCAACCUCCCCUAAAGCUGGCACCACUGAGGACGCAGGGGGCAGCAAGAAGGGUGCUCCAGCGGGGGGGCCACCGGGCAAGGCGGUCCCCGGUUCGGCGGGGCAGAGGCUGAGGCUGGAGGGGGCCGGGGGACGGCCACGCGUGGGGGCCCGGGCACAAGGGCGCAGCGCCAUCCUGGAGAAGUUYGGAGGGGCCGCCAAGGGCCCAGCCCCACACCUGCGGCGUUCAGGGGGGGCCGCCACUGUCAAGACGAUGCUGCUGGAGUGGUGCCGCGCCCGCACCCGCGGCUACCCGCACGUGGACGUGCAGAACUUCUCCGGGAGCUGGGGCAGCGGUCUGGCCUUCUGCGCGCUCCUGCACAGCUUCUUCCCGGACGCCUUUGACUUUGCCACCCUCGAUCCCGCCGCCCGCCGCGACAACUUCGCCCUGGCCUUUGCCACCGCCGAGGAGCGGGCGGGCUGUGCCCCGCUGCUGGAGGUGGAGGACAUGGUGCGGCUGCCGGUGCCCGACGCCAAGUGYGUGUACACGUACGUGCAGGAGCUGUACCGCUGCCUGGUGGCCAAGGGACUCGUCAAGACCAAGAAGCGCUGAGARGGUCCCUCACAGCCCCACAGGCCUGCCAGCCCCUGCUUUGUCCCCUGCCUUGUCCCCCAGCAGUAAAGGCCAUGAUGCCAGGCAGCGKUGGCCUCAUCUCUGGACAGAGGAACGCUGGCACCGAGCAAGUGUCUGAGUGCUGGGCACUGCCUGGCUCUGCCGCCGGGAGGGUGACACAACUC